AUGAAAGAACAACUACUUGCAUGUACUGAGCAGAUGGUCAUACAACCAACUGAAGUACAUACAACUCUAUUAUUACAAAGCACCGGAGAACUUAAUGGUAAUUUAAUCCCGGUGUCAGUAGCAUCAUUGAGUAAUUUAAUGGAAUUUGGAUGUGGACUUCCUAAGCCCGGUGAAGUACGAGUUGAAUCUGUUCGUGCUAAUGGUGGUGAAUUGAUGGAGAUUCCUUUAGAAGUGGUACAUUUAAAAAAUCAGGCAUGGUUACGAAUAAGAGAUUAA